CCUGCGGCGAGACAGUCCGCGCCGCGCCCAACAGAUGGCACAAGUGUUGUCUGCUGAGUGACUCUGUGGUCGAUUUUUCGCGGAUUUUUACUCAUUUCCCGACGCUGCUCUCGUGCCAGGACGGAGUCUGAUGCAGGAGCCGUGAAGAUCACUCAGGGACACACCCCCACCCCCCUUCCUCCUCCCUCGCCUCCCAGGUACACCCAGGAACAAGAGAGAGAGAGACCGGAUCAGACAGAACGUGCCUGCAUCCCAGUGAAAGCAGGAGAGACAGUGGCCGGGAGAGAGCAGCAGCAGCACCAGUAGAUUAGUAGCCGCCGCCGCUGCCGCCGCCACCGCCGCCACAAUGGGCAAGCAGAACAGCAAACUCAAGCCAGAAGUGUUGGAAGACCUGCGCUCCAACACUGAGUUCACAGACUCCGAGAUCCAGGAGUGGUACAAAGGGUUCUUGAAGGACUGUCCCACGGGUCACCUCUCUGUGGAGGAGUUCAAGAAGAUAUACGGAAACUUCUUCCCUUACGGCGAUGCAUCAAAGUUUGCCGAGCACGUGUUCCGGACCUUUGACGCAAACGGAGACGGAACGAUCGACUUCCGGGAGUUCCUGUGCGCCCUGUCCGUCACUUCAAGAGGCAAACUGGAGCAGAAGUUGAGGUGGGCCUUCUCCAUGUACGACCUCGACGGUAAUGGAUACAUCAGCAGGCAGGAGAUGCUGGAAAUUGUCACGGCGAUUUACAAGAUGGUUGGGUCGGUGAUGAAGAUGCCUGAGGACGAGAGCACUCCAGAGAAGCGCACGGACAAAAUCUUCCGGCAGAUGGACAAGAACAAGGACGGCAAGUUGAGUCUGGAGGAAUUCAUUGAGGGCGCCAAGAGUGACCCCUCCAUCGUGCGUCUGCUGCAGUGUGACCCUCAGUCCUCACAGUGACCUCCCUCCGACUGACCUCCCUCACCCUGACCCCACACCCCCCCACAGUAACUGGAGAGAGAGACGGGCGGCCAUUUCGUCCCGUGUCCUCUCUCUCUCGCCUCUCUCGUCCUCGCCCGCCCAAGCAUUCCUCCUUCCUGACCCAGAUUCUCCAUUUGUAUGACUCCUCUGCCUUCCACACGUCUGGGGUCCUGCGUGGUGUCCUGCGUGGUCCCCCUGUGGUCCCCCGUGGUCCGUUCUAAGGGUUCUGGUCCCCUGAGUGACCCGUGUGUUGGUCUGCUGGGGAGGGGAGCCGAGGAGACGUCACCCAAGGUUUUCUAGCGUAGAGGUACUGGGGACAUUUGAAGAAGAUGUCUGAACCUUUUUUUUAUCCAUUCAAUGUCUUGUCCAGCUGUUGUGGAGCCUCGCUGGGGUGUGUGGCCGGACUCCUCCAGGGCGGGACUGCCGGCUGGGCGGGUCAGCGGACUAACGGACAAACAGACGCGCCCGGGGUCCCACACACGCCGCUAGCACAAACGUUUCUUGUCUGGUGCUUGCCGCGGGUCAGCACAGCUCCUGGUGGUGGGUGCUGGGUUGGCGGUGCCCCUGUCAUGCUCCCUGUGCCACUAUGGGGGUCACCAGGGGGUUGCCAGGGUCACCGCCCCCAUCCCCCCAGGCUGUGCUCGGCCCCGCGGUGGUUGGCUUUCCUUCCUCCGUUGUGUCCUGAGUCUGUCAUCAACAUACCAUUUAUUGUAUAUGUAUUCCAUCUCUUUUUUAUUUUCCAUUUAUUAUUCCUAUUGCAUGUUUAUACAAGCAGGUGUUUGGUAUAUCUCUUUCCCAUAACUCCCUCGAUUCAAACACUCCCGGCCACAAACAGGGGGAGCUGCUAUAAUAAUAAUAAUAAUAAUAAUAAACUCUAACGGAUUAUAAAUAUUUUGUAACUUUUAAUAUUAGACGACUUGCGUAAGUACUGGUAAUGAGCUAAUGUUGCAUAAUGACUAAAGGUGUAUUAACUACUGUAUACUAGAGCCAGGAGCUGACGUAGCGCGUUACUUAGACACCACACAGCUGCAGCGGCGGCGGCAAUGGUGGCAGCGGGGCGCAAGGGACAGACUGCCGCAGGAAAGAAAGGUUCACAUCCCAGGAAGAACAAAGGAAAUGUGUGUCUUUGGCUUGUAAUGGGAAGGAAAGGUUCAUAUCCCAGGUGAAACAACAACAAGGACAGUCUAGUUUUGUACUGGGGAAAGAAAUUUACACAUCUCAGGAAGAACAAGGAUCAACAUGGGUUAUUACUGCCAAGAGAAGUCCAAAGAAGAUUGGUUAUUAUUGCUAAGAGAAGUCUGAGGAAAAUAAAGUUACUGUUGUUUUGUAUCCAUUGAGAAAAGGAAGCUACAGAUCCCAGGAAGAACAAAGAAUAAGAGAGGUGCCAGUGUCUUGUUUGUACUAGCAAAAAAAAAUGUGAGAGGUACCAGUGUCUUCUUUGUACUGGCAAAAAAAAAAUGUAAUAGUUUAUUUCCCAGGAAGAAGAAUGAAAGAGUUACUAUUAGUUUAUAUUAUUGAGAAAAAAAAGUUACAAUUCCCAGGAAAAACAAAGGAGAAAGAGAAUUACUAUUGUCUAAUUUGGCCUGGGAAAGAUAAGGUUCACAGCCCAGGAGGAACAAGGAGUUAGAGAGUUUCUGUUGCCUUGUUAGCACUGGGAAAGAAAAGUUACACAUCCCAGGAAGAACAAGGAUUUAAGAACAAUGUCACAAUAUGAGCUAGCAUUAAAAAAAAAAGCCACAAGUAACAGUUCCACAUUGUCUAAAGUAUAACCCAAGUAACUAAAAAAAAAAAAGACACACAUUUGUCCCUUACGUCCCUUGUCCACCAAAGACGCCUCAAAUAUAUAACAAAUAAAAAAAUCAACACUAUUUUGCUGAUGAACAAUAAUCAUAAUGAACGCAAAAACCAACUUUAGCUAACGCAUAAUAAUAACCAAACCAAUACACGCAGCAAAAAACACACACACACACACACACAUGGAACGACAGACAGACACACGCACGGCCGCUAAAUAAAGACAAAGAGAAGAGAGAGAUAAGUACACCUCAUUAACAGUGCUUAACAUGAUUCAACACGUUCCUCUUUGCUUAUCUGUUGUGCUUGUAAUCUAGAGGGCAACACUGGGCCUUAUCCAUUCAUUGUCUUGUCAAAUUUAUACACUACAUUCAUACACUAAGAAGCUCCACAAACACAAAGUCUCAUCAGAAAUUUGUCCAUUUUCUUUUGUUUUUUAGUGUAUUUUAUUUAUUUAUUUAUUUACAAGACGGUUCUUUCCCCACACAAAGUCUCAUUGGAUAUUUUUUUUUAUUUUAUUUUGGUAUUUGUUUUUCCAUAUAAAAACGUCAAUUUUUUUUAUUAUGUCAAAGAUCUUUUUUUUUACCCCUUUUUAUAUCUAAAGUCUUGAUAGAACAAUUUUUUUUAUCCAGUCUCAUUAAAAACCUAACAUUGUUUUUUGAUUAAUACAGAGACUUUUAUCUUUUCAUCUUUUGGAGGGGGAAAGUUCAAAAAGUUGGUUCAAAGACGAGACUGCGAAAAAAAACAACAAAAAAACUUAGGUCGACUCGUUAGAAAGCAAGAAAAGAUUUGGUUUGGUGGUGCAGUAAGCAUUUCUUGGGUUAUGGGACCUGCUGGCAUGAAAACAAAAUAUCUUGUGCUUGUUGGAGUGGUUAUAUAUAAAGUUAAGGUGUGUUUUUAUCCAUUGUUUUUCCUUGUGUUUAUUUCCCUUCCCUCCUUCCCUCAAACGCCUCAUGUCUCGCUUCACGCCUUGUUUUUUUUUUUUUUUCUUCUUAUUUUUCCCAUUGUGUGCUGUGUUUUUUGUAUCAGUUUUAUUCUGUUUUAUUCCAUUUAUUGUUCUAGUGUUUCUCUUUUUUUCCCUUUUGUCUUUUUCUUCCCUGUUGUGGUGAAAUUUUUUACUCUCUUUUCUUUUCUAUUUUUUUUCAUACCUUCCUUUCUUUUUCUUCCUCUCAUCAUCAUCUCAUUAUUUACUUCCUUUACUUUCCUUCCUUCCUUCCUCUCUUUAUCUUCUCUUUAUUUACUUGGUUUCUUUUCUCUCUUAAUCUUCACAAGUCCUUUUCUUUUACUCUCCUCUUCUCUUCCUUCUCCUCAUCCUUCUUCUCUUCUUUUCUGCUUCUAUUUUGUGCUAUUGUUCUUGUUUUCCCUUUCCCUGUUAUCCUCUGCCCUUUCCUCUCCUCCUCCUCCUUUUUUUUUAUAUACUUUUUUUAUUUUUUCUUCAUAAUUCACUAUACAUGAACUUUUUUCCUCAGGUAUUUUUGUUUUCCUUUCAUUUCUUUCUUUCCAGUUACUCCUCCUCUUCCUCCUCUAAUCCUUUUUUUUAUUCCUCCUUUUGUCUUCCAGAUCUUCUAAUUUCUUGUGGUUCUUUGGUCAAUCCUCCUCCUCCUCCUCCUCCUUGUCUUCCUUAGGUUAUCUUGAUUGUUACCUUUUCCUCCUCCUCCUCUCUCUCAUUUCCUCUAAAUCUUCCUUACUCCUCCUCCUCCUCCUCCUCUACCUUCUAUUCUCCUUCCUUAUUUGGUCUUUCAAUUCUUCUCUCCUCGUCUUCCUACUUAAAUCUACGUCUUAAUAUCUUCCCUCCUCCUCCUCCUCCUCCAGUGCUUAUGUUUGCUUCUUGUUUUCUGUGGAGCCAUUUCCCGUUUUCUUUGUCCUCAGUUGUUCUCGUGUGCACAAAGUCAUCGCCGUCAUCGUCACUCUGUUGUUGAUGACGGUACGAUGUUGUUUAGGUUUACUUGGUUUAAUUGGCUUUUUUUUUUUUUUUACUCUAAUUAUUAUUAUCUCUUUUGUCAUGUGGGGGUUGUAUCUUGAAAUGUUGUUAAUGAAAGUGUUUAUAAAGUUAGUUUUUCUUAUUUUAUUUUCUUGAUUUUGUCUUAAGUUUUCAUAUAUUCAAAAUUGUGUUUUCUUGAUUUUUUUGUUUAUUUGUCAUUUUUUUUGUAAGUUUUCUGUAUUUUUUUCUUAUAUUUUUUUUUAAGUUCAUAGGUUUUCACAAAUUAUCUUUCCUUGUACCUUUUCUUGAUUCCUUUGUCAUUUUCAGUUUUCUUUAUAUCUUUGGGUAAAAUUUUGUAGCUUUCCUUAUUUCUUUUUUUAUUUGAUAGUUUUUCUUAAUGGUGCUGUUCAAGAAAUGAUUCUGUUGCAUUCUGAGCACUUCCUUUUUUAAUCCAUGAACUAUUAUUAUCAUUAUUAAAUGGAGAUAAGUGAAAAAAGUAUUCCUUCCUUCAUUAUUAUCUAUACAUUAAUAAUAUACAUGUUUAUACAAUGAUGUUAAAAAGUUGGAAAAACAAAAAUGAAAAAAAAUCUUUGAUGAUGAAAAAAAAUAAUAAAAAAAUCUGCUAUUUCUUGUUUCUGUUUCUUUGCAUAAUAAUAAUAAUAAUAAUAAUAAUAAUAAUAAUAAUAAUAAUAAUAAUAAUAAUAAUAAUAAUUACUUAUGCCCCCCAAAAUAAAAAGUUAUGUUGACUUUUUAAAGAAACCAAUCAAAAUUUUUCCUUUCCUUUUUUUUCGUUUAUAAAUACAUCUUUUGAAACAUGAAUAAAAUCCUUCCUUAUCUUUUGUAUGAUGUCCUGAUGAUGACGGUGAUGGUAAUGGUGAAGGUGAUGACAGUAAUGAUGAUGGUAAUGAAGAUAAUGGUAGUGGUGAUGGUGACAGUAACAGUGAUGGAAACGAUGAUGAAAAUGAGAAGACUUGAAUAGAUCAUUUUCUUUCAGUCUUUUGAUGAUGAUGAUGAUGAUGAUGAUGAUGAUGAUGAUGAUGAUGAUGAUGAUGAUAGUGAGUAGUGAUGAUGAUGAUAGUGAUGAUGAUGAUGACAAACAGAAAACUUCCCCUAUAUAAUUAAUUUGUCGCCAUUUCUUUAGUCUUGACAGUGGUAAUGAAUAAAAAUAGUGAUGAUAUAAUGAAACAGCUUAAUUACAAACACAGAAGGAAAGAGAAGAAAGAAAAAAACAAAAAACAAAAAAAACGAACAAAAUAUUUAUACUAUUACUGCUGUUUUAGUUUUUCACUUGGGGGUUCAGGAAAUUUUCUAAGCUAACCUACAUACAGUAUUGUGAUCAUUGCUGCUAAUAUCAACAAAUUUUACCUCCCUGUACUACUCCUACUACUACAUUAAUAUUUGAAAGGUUUGCACAAGUGACUUUUUAUAUAUAUACAAUACAUACGCCAAUAUAUCUCCCUUUGAAACGCCUGCCUACCGGGGCGGGCGUGUGGCUGUGCAGUGCCUCUGUUACUACUACACCUGUUUGUCUUCGCAGGCUUGGAGAAUGAAAAAUGAAAACAAGCCUUUAUUAAUACACUCGACUUGUUUUUGCUGGCUGUUUAAACAUUUACUACAGUACAUUCUGAUUGGCGUUCGUUCUUUCGCUCUUUCCUGGUUACUUCUUCACCUGUUUAUCUUUGGAGGCUUGGAAUGAAUGAAAAAACAAGCCUUAAUUAAGAUACUCGACUUAUUUUUGCCGACUACUGCUCUGACAUUUACUACGGUACAUUCUGAUUAGUGUUCUCUGUCUGUUCUUAAUUCGUAUGUCUGUAUCUCUCCCUCUUACGCUUCUGUUGGUCUAGACAAGCACGAAACAAACAGACUCGUGACGUUUUUUUGCCACCAACUGUUCUGACGUUUUGAUUAGUCUCUCUCUCUCUCUCUCUCUCUCUCUCUCUCUCUGCUAUCUGUUUCUUCUCAUUUUGGGUGAAUUUAUAGAUUACAGCAUCUCUCUCAAAGACCAUUGUGUGUUUUCUGAUUUGGUCGGGUUUAUAUCUUUGUGUUUUUGUUACGUACUUCUAUUGGAGUUUGUUUUUCUUGGUCUUGCAUGGUGUAAUCUCACCUAGCCUAACAAGAAGCUCAAUUGACCAAUCAUAUCAUUGCUGUAAAUUGUUAUUAUUAUUUAUUAACAUUUUUUCUAGCCUGAUUAAAAUAAUUUAGUCUUCUCACUGAACAGAUGCUAAAUUAACCUAGCAUACAGUUGUUGCAAAUUGUUGUUAUUAUUUAUCAACUUUUUUUUACAUUGUUCAACUUUUCCUCAGUCUAACCAACUUUCGGUAAAUAUAUAUAUUGUUGUACAUACGUUUUUACUAUCAUUAUUAUUGUUGCUGUUAAUAUUUUUAAGUCUAACCUAACCUAACCUAAACUAACAAACUUAACACUAAUUGUUACAACCCAAACCAUUCCAUAAUAUUAAUAAUAAUAAUAAUAAUAAUAAUAAUAAUAAUAAUAAUAAUAAUAACAAUAAUAAUGAUAAAACAGAAUGACUUAAUUGGAAAUGCACAGUUUGGUGAGACAAGAGAGAGUGACCGUAAUUCUUAUAAUAAUCACUGUAAUUCUGUAACCUGUAAUUACUGAGUCAUGGCAUCUAUCACAUCAGCACGACAUGACCUGACAUGACACGACCUGGCCUGACCUGACCUCUUCCCAUUUUCUAUGACCUCUCUGUUCAGUACAAGGGUGCCAAAAAUAAAUACAUACAUAAAUAAAUAAAAGAAACUAAAUUGCCAAAUAUUCCAUUAACAAAUUUACACAAAAUUAAAAACUAUUUCUUUAAUAUUUCCUUAAAAAAAUAAAUAAAUACAUGUUAGUGUUACUUUGUACCAGACAGACAGACAGACAGACAGACAGACAGAUAGACAGACAGACAGACAGAGAGGCAAACCAACAAAAUGACAAACAGACAGACAGACAAACAUCAAAAUGACAAGCAGGCAUACAAACCAACAAACAAACAAACAAAACUGACUGACAAGACGGUUUCAAUUGACACUUAACUUCUCCUCUACUUUUUUCCCUUACUCACCCCAGCAAGCAACUUUAGCCUGAGUUAGUGUGGGGGGGGGAAGGGCGUGGGAUAAGCCGCCCCUCCCCACCCCUCCCUUCCCCCCUUCCUCUGCUGGGUCAAAAAAUAUAUUAGAAAAAGAAACUGAAGCACAAAAACAGUCUUGCUUUUUUUGGAAACAGAAUGAAGAAAACAAACAGUAAGUCUCUACAUUCAAAACCAAAGUUGAUGUGUUGUCCAAUUCCUUCUUGUUGUGUUUUCCUGUGCGACGAUUCAUGAAAUAAAGAAUACAGCAACAAGAAA